AUGGCGCCUCACCUCUCUUUCCUCACGAAUCCGACGGGCGAUGCAGCCAUCGACGCCGACUUGCAAUACAUCCGGGACUUGGACUGGGCCAGAACCGCCGCCGGACUCAUUUCAUCGUGGCCUCGCGAAUUAUUGUUACUCCAUAUCGCAAUGCUCUCUCCUCAACCACAGCUCUUCUUACUUGGCUCGGACUCGGCCGUCCUUUACAAUACAGCGUAUGGUCGACUGCUGCAUGACCACCAUCCGCUGUACCAAGGGCGACCUAUCAGUCUCAACGCAGCUCUAAUUCAACAGCUGCCCGAAGUCGAUGUACUGAGCGGGUACGCGAGCGAAAAGUCUGGAUUUAAUAGCGACCAACAUAUACCGUUCUUCUUCUCCCGAAAUGGUCGCCUUGAGGAAGUCUUCUUAUCCAUCACCACGACGGGCCUACCGCCAUCCUUGGGCGGCUUCCAUGCCACAACCUACAACGUUACGCGAGACGUGUUGGACUCUCGCCGCGAGCGUUCUUUAGAGGAGCUCCGCAACGCUUGCGAGACUGCUUGGGAUCUGGAGACGCUAUGGCCUUCGAUUUUGAAGGGCAUAUCUAACGGAGAUGGGGACAUAUCAUUCGCUGCUUUGUACCGCUUCGAGAGGAACCAAGACAGUGUGAAAGAAACUGGUCCUUCCAACAAUCAGGCCAAUUCGCUAGCCUUCGCCCUCUCUGGCACCGUUGGCUCCUUCCCAACCGCACCAUUAUCCACAAUCGAGCCAAGUAUGGAUGAAGCAUGGGUGAAAAGCUUCUUCAUGAGUGUCGAUUCUCGUUCGUCGGUACUUCUCCAGGCUGAGAACGGUACUCUUCCGAAGGAAAUGUGUCAAGCAUCUACGAGCCGAUGCUAUGGCGACAUCUGCCACCAGGCUGUCAUAUUGCCCAGUGUUUCGAACCGGACUUCCAACAUCGAUGCGGUUUUGAUCGUCGGUCUGGCACCUCGUACACCUUACGACCGCUCCUACCAAGCUUGGAUCAAGACACUCCAUCGUGACUUCUCCCACGAGGUGAUCUCGAUGGCAAACAUUGAAGCUAGGAGCCGUACUGAGAAAAUCCGGAGAGAAAGCAUUGCUAUAGGAAAUGACAUUUUCGCCAAAGAAGAAGCCCUUAAACAGCAAGAGCUUGCGCGUGCAGCAGCUCUGGAGCAGCUUCAUCUCAGCGAAUCGCGACUGCAAGAAGCCGCCAGGCCAAACGGCAACAAGAGAAGUAAGUGA